AUCAAUAACCAAAGACUUGCUAACGCAGAGGAAGAGCUCGCAUCACUAGAGGAAAGGGAAGUCUCAGAGACAAGCUUGUGAAAGAAUGGCUGUCUCAAGGGCUCCGGUGCCUGACUCCGCCCGUCAGAUCAUCUGGCUGUUCCCACUUGUCUUCUGCCUUGGCUCAGGGAAUGAAGUUCCACAAAGCAGCACAAACCCAAAGGUGGUGAAUGGUGUCCGAGGGGGGUCUGCAACUCUUCCUCUGGAGCUUCCUGCAGGAAAGAAUGCCAGUGUCAUCGUCUGGCAGCACCGAGGAAGAGAGUCACACGACACUGCAAUCCUUAUCGUCCAGUUAAACAAGUCUUCAAGUCCACAAAUCACGAGAAUGGAUCAGGACAAGGGAAAGCGACUGAACAUCACCCAGUCCUUUUCCUUACAGAUCAGCAACCUCACAAUGGCGGACGAAGGAUCGUAUACUGCACAGAUAAGCACAAACUCCAGACAGUACUUGUUCAAGUAUGUUCUGAGGGUCUUCGAACGACUGAGUAACUUAGAAGUUAUCAACCACACUCACCUGUUUGAGAACGGGAGCUGCGAGAUCCACCUGACCUGUACUGUGGCGAACCCAAAUCAUACUGCCUCAAUUGAGUGGCAGGCCUCAGGAAACAUCUCUUUAGGGGACCCAAAUAUCACUGUCUCCUGGGACCCAAAGAAUUCCCGUGACCAGAGUUACACCUGCCACGCUAUGAACCCUGUCAGCAAGCUGUCUGUCUCUGUCUCUGCCCAGAGUCUUUGCACAGGAGUUUUAACUAAUGAAAAUCUACACCAGUAUAAAGAAUGGCUUAUUGGUCUUGUGCUUAUGGUCGCCAUAUGCAUAGUCGUAUGCAUAUGUAAGAAGACAAGAAAAAGAAAAGGUUCUCUUUCUCUGGGUAGAAGACAACAUCUAGAUUCCUCCGAGAACACAGAUACUCCAGGCUCUCCAGGGAACACUGUGUAUGCACAAGUCACUCACCCAGUGAAGGAAAGAGAAAUCCCAAAAUCUAUAAAAAAUGAUUCCAUGACAAUUUACUCCAAAGUUAAUCAUUCCAGAGAGCCCAUUUCUCCCAGGAUGAAUACUCUUAAGGACAUCAAGUAAGUUGGUGGAAGACUUUAAAGGAAUUCAGGCAGAGUACAUGUACUGACCCCCUGGAGGAGAAGAGAGAAGCAUGGUUUCCUGCUGGCAAUGGAAUCCGGAUAUCCAGGGAUAUCACAUCAGACUUGAUCCUGCAUACGUAGGUCAGAGGCUUGACGAGUAGCAAGAUCUCCAGUAUGGAACCCCAAAACUGCUUUUUAACCCACUCCAGGACAAGUCCUGCCUUGGAUAAUACACCCACAUGAUGCCUUCUCUUUGACAACUAAACAAUCAGAGUUUUGACUGACAGAUUAUAAUUCUACAGGUAAUCAUUUCUCUCCUUCUAAAAGGCAAGCAGGAUGUGAUUGGUUGGAGAGAGAACAUGGUGUUUUGGUUAAGUAUGUAGUGCCUGGCACUGGAUAGGCCCGCAUUCAUGUCCUAUGAAUCAUUUUUACUAGACAGGCCUCCUGGGAUGUUUCCUGUGUUCUUGGUGCUUUAAUCUCAUAGCCAAAACAUGAGAGGAGUAAUGCAUCGAUCAGGCCCAUUACUCAAUCCAGGAAUCUGAGCCAUCCCUGAUUACAGCCUCUCUAUCACCAAGUCCUCACACUCUACCUCCAGAAUACAUUAGCACAUCUAUCUCUUUCCAAUUUGUAGACCAUCCUUCCGUAUCUGAGACCGAAUGCUCCAAUAACCUCUAAACAUUCCUUCUAAUUUUGUUCUUGUCUCCCUGCAACCCAUGGUCCAAAAGACAAUGAGCACAGUGUCCCUAGUAUAGACCAGCUCUUUCUCUUGUCUGCUCGUAACCCUACACACUGCUCAUUGCACUCAGUGUGAAAGCCAGUCUCCAUGACCCAGGUUGGUCUGACUCCUACCCAGACUCACUCUGCCAGCUGCCCUCUCCCCGUUCUUCUCUGUUUGGCCUUUGUGAUCUUUCAAGUCCUCUAGGAGAGAAGACGUUCUCCAUAUUACCAUCAUUUACAUCUGCCCGAAGGUUCUUCCUCUGCCUAUUGGGCUCCCCCUGUUCUUUAGACUUCAGCUUAAACGCAUCAGCUUCAGGAAGAGACCUUCCCAGAACU